AUGUUCGCCACAUGUCCACAACUUCAAGCAGCAUCUGCGAAAUCAACUUUGCCAGCAAUUGUCAAAGUAUUCACUCAGAAAGUUACAAACGAUGUAACUAAAGCUUGUUUGAGUGCAGCAGAAAAGAAGUUCAAGGAAAUCAAUGAAAAACUUGAAUUACACAACAAGAAGAUCGAAGAACUCUCGAAUUACAUCAGAAACUUGAUCUCCUCUACCAAAGAAAAAGAAGGUAAAAUGAAUGAUGCAAGACACGCAAUGAACACAAUCAUUGAUACUUACAGACAUACACUCAAAUCUUUGUUCCCUCCAGCCAUGAAUUUGAAUCCGCUUUCCAAAUCCAAAGACAUUGUUCGCGCUGUCAAUAAAUUACAGGCUUUGAUGUUCUCGUUAUUCCCGCUCAUUCCAGGAAUACAGCCACCAGAGAAGCCUCACAUUUAUCUCAUGGCCGUCGCAAUAAGAAGAAUCAUUGGAAGUGAAAGAAACGAAGAUGUCGAUAUCAACAAAGAUAUUUCACUUUCAGAGCUCAAAGCAAUGCCAAUCAACAAGUCAAGAUUCUUCUACUACGAAGGAAAGAUCCAUGACUUAGAAGAACAGUUGAAUGGUGUCAUUCCUAUCGAAGAAGUUGGUAACAUGGCAGGAAGAAUCAUUGGAAGAGAGAACCCGCAAAUCAAGACAAGGAAACAACUCGUUGAUCUUUUACAAGAAAUUACUGACAAAUACAGUACUGCAGGACAGAUUGCUGAGGAAUACAACGAUUUCAAGGAAGCCACAUGGGCUCUCUUGAGAGGUAUCGAAGGUGUUAUUCCUGCAUCACUUGCACCACUUGUUCAAAGAUUAAUCAGAAAUUAA